AGCAAGAGCGAACCAGCCGAGUCCACCACCACUGCAGACUCCUUGCUGCUUGCUCGCUCCCUCCCCCCUUCGCUUCCCCUCCAAAAACCCAAUAAAAAACGCACCUUUCCUUCCCCUCCCCUCCUUCGCCUCGCUUUCCCCCCACCUCCCUCCCUCGAUCCCCUCGCCGGGAAGAUCCGAUCCCAUCCACAUCCACGUCCACCUCCCGGCUCAAUCAUCAGAGUCCCCCCUCGGCGCCGGCGUCGGCGGAGCAGCAGAGCGAGGCGGAGGCGGAAGGAAUGUUGCGCCUCUGAUCGACGCGGCGGCGACCCGGUGGUGGUUUUCCUGGCCGGCGGCGAUGGGCUGCUUCUCGUGCUUCGACUCACCCGCCGAUGAGCAGCUCAACCCCAAGCUCGGCGGCGCCGGCGGGUACGGCGGCUCGUCCUCGGCCGCAGCGGCGUACGGCGCCGGCUCCGGCGGUGGCCGGCACGGGGACAGGGGGUACCCGGACCUGCAGCAGGCGCCCAUGGUGGCGCCGCGCGUCGAGAAGCUCUGCACAGCGGCUGAGAAAGCAAGGGUCAAGAGCAAUGCACUCGCGCGAGAGGCCUCCGCGCCAAAGGAUGCCAAUGGCAAUAUUAUCUCCGCACAGACUUUCACCUUCCGUGAACUUGCCACUGCCACCAGGAACUUCAGGCCUGAGUGCUUCCUGGGUGAGGGAGGGUUUGGACGUGUUUACAGGGGCCGUCUUGAGAGCACAGGACAGGUUGUUGCUAUAAAGCAGCUUAAUAGGGAUGGGCUUCAAGGAAACAGAGAAUUUCUAGUAGAGGUCCUCAUGCUCAGUUUGCUGCAUCAUCAAAACCUGGUUAGUUUGAUUGGCUAUUGCGCUGAUGGAGAUCAGCGACUUCUUGUUUAUGAGUAUAUGCCCUUCGGAUCAUUGGAAGACCAUUUACACGAUCUCCCUCUUGAUAAGGAGGCCUUGGACUGGAACACCAGGAUGAAAAUUGCAGCAGGUGCUGCCAAAGGACUGGAGUACCUUCAUGACAAAGCUAAUCCUCCAGUUAUUUAUCGGGAUUUCAAGUCAUCAAACAUUCUGUUGGAUGAAGGCUUCCACCCGAAGCUAUCUGACUUUGGCCUUGCUAAGUUGGGUCCUGUUGGUGACAAAUCUCAUGUAUCAACACGUGUGAUGGGUACAUAUGGUUAUUGUGCACCGGAAUAUGCUAUGACUGGACAACUGACAGUAAAGUCCGAUGUGUAUAGCUUUGGAGUCGUCUUGCUUGAGUUGAUUACUGGUCGUAGGGCUAUCGACAGCACCAGACCACAUGGAGAACAAAAUCUUGUCUCAUGGGCACGGCCUCUUUUUAAUGACAGAAGAAAGCUCCCUAAAAUGGCUGACCCGAGGCUGGAAGGGCGAUAUCCCAUGCGUGGGCUUUACCAAGCCCUUGCGGUGGCAUCCAUGUGCAUUCAGUCGGAGGCUGCUUCCCGCCCGCUGAUUGCAGAUGUCGUGACUGCUCUAUCCUACUUGGCGUCCCAGUCAUAUGAUCCCAAUGCGGCCCUUGCUUCAAGGAAGCCAGGCGGCGACCCACGAAGCAAGCCCAGCGAGAACGGCAGGGUGGUUUCCAGGAACGACGAGACAAGCAGCUCCGGCCACAAGUCCCCAGGCAAGGACAGGGAGGACUCGCCCCGAGACCUCCCAGGCAUCCUGAACAAGGACUUUGACCGGGAGCGCAUGGUGGCGGAGGCCAAGAUGUGGGGCGACCGCGAGCGCAUGGUGGCGGAGGCCAAGAUGUGGGGCGACCGCGAGCGCAUGGUAGCGGAAGCCAAGAUGUGGGGCGACCGUGAGCGCAUGGUGGCCGAGGCUAAGAUGUGGGGCGAGAAUUGGCGUGACAAGCGGCGCACGGAGAAUGGCCAGGGGAGCCUGGAUUCGCCGACCGGGAACAUCUAGGAAGGGGUGUAAGAUUGGAAGAGAAAAGAAAAGACGAGGAGGUCUUCGUCCAUCCACCCAUGCAUUGUUCCGUUUGUUUCCAGGUCGAUUCGCGUUCCGGUGGCGGAGUGGGAGGGCAGGGAGGGUUAGAUGUACAUUCCUAGGGCGGGAACGAGGGGGAAAAAACGGCAGCGUUGUUCUGGAUAGUGGAUGCAUGUGGUUGUACUUGUAAAUUCUCAGAAAAUUUUGUGAGAAUGAAAGGACAUUUUGAGUUCCAGCUGUAAAAUGUUUCGCGUCU